GUGUAUUAGCUGCGCGGGGUGCAUUAGAAGCGACCUUAGGUUGGUGUCAAACGGUCUCGCUAUUCUUUCUAGUUUCGCCGUAUCCGGCUUCAGGAUGUCAAAGUUGGAACGCUUGAAUGCACGGGUGGCAAAGCUCCUUACUGAAGUGGUGCAGGAAGUUUUGGAUUUGGUGAAGGAGACGGUAUCAGAGUACAGAGAAAAAACUGCACGAACACAGAGGGAAAAUGACAGUCUCAAGAGACAACUGCAGGAACUCCAGAACAAAAUACAGGAAGACCAGGCUGCAGCUGAUUUUCACCGACACUGCCAGUCCUCUCAGACAGCAGAUGAUGAAGGGAGUACUGGGCAGGAAUUUGAUCCAACUCCAGAUCAGACUCUAGUUGAAACAGACCAUCACAUCACCUAUUCACACAGACAGGGAACUUGCAUAGAAACACCAUCCGAAUGCAAGAGAACAGCAGGACCCGAGGGGAAGCCACAAAUGAACGAGGAGAGGAGCCACACAUCAGGUUGUGCAUCUGCUUUCGCUGAGGAUACGACUUCUGAUCAAGUAGCAACUGGUCCAGCAAAGUCGCCGUGUGUAGUGAAACGAGUUGUUAAAAAAGAACAAGAUGAUAUGACAUGCUCAGAUCCAGGUGUGCCACAGAAAAUGGACAUUGAAUCUGAGGAUCUGAGCUUCAACUCUGUUGGGGUCCAAGGACCGCAAGUCAGUGACCAGCCUCAUGGGUCUAUUUUUGUCCCAAACAAUUACAACAUACCAACGGUGUUAGGCGGAAGUAACUUUGAUCUGAGCCAGUUUCAAAUGGAGAACAACCAGAGAGAUGACAGAUAUGCAUGCUCAUUCUGCGGGAAGACUUUUCACAGGAUUGGGAACCUGAAAACACACGAGCGGUGCCACACUGGAGAGAAACCAUAUGGUUGUGUGCAAUGUGGGCGAUAUUUUAGUCAGGCUGGGGAUCUGAAAAAACACAAGCGGGUCCACACCGGGGAGAAACCCUACUACUGCAGCCAGUGUGGAAAAAGGUUCAGUCGGAGUGAGAACCUGAAGAGACAUCAGAAGAUCCACAGUGGGGAGAAGCGACAUCGAGAGCAUGUUUUCAGAGGGCAGUUCCAGUGAUCGACGUUUACUGACAUUUGGUGACUUCAAGAUGUUAUGUUCAUGGUGUCAAGACAGGUAUUUGUCAUUUUGAAAAGUACCACAAAAAGAAAUUUAUGAAACCUGUUUGUAUAAAUGUAGCAUUUUUAUUUGCAUUUUUUUAUUUGUUAUUGUUACCUUUUGGAACAAAGCAGCUGUUGUGUUGCUUUGUUUUAGACUCAUAACUGACUUCCUGUUAAAGAAAUAAUUCACAUCUACAUUUUUUGAAGCCCAAUAAAAGCUUACUUUAGUUUACUUUUUUCUUUUGAUGAGUCUAAUGAAACCUCAGACUUUGUUCAAGUCACAUACUGACAACUGGUGCAUCCCUCUCAUUACAUUAGCUGUGUCUUUGCUUUGACUGUGCGACUUUUGAUUACACACAUUUACACUACUGUACUUUCUUGUUAAAGAAAAAAAUGUGAAAUUCAGUGGUUAUGCAAAAACCUGGAAAGUGUACAGUCACAUGAUAAUAAAAAUGCUAAUCCCUAAGGAAUACAAAAUGAAAAUGGAUCUUAAAUUGGAUUUUCCCCAUUUGCGUAAAUACACUGCCUGGCCCUUAAAAAGUGGCCACAAGGAUUUAACAAAAAAAAAAUGGGUGCUGGCUUCCUAUUUGGUUGGGUUCUAGUUGAAUUGUCCUCAAAGAAUGAGGUCACCUGACAACCUGCAUACACUGAAUGAUCAGGUACUACCUCCAUGUUGGCCCCUUGAUAUUCCAAGAUGACAAUGCUGGGAUUCAUGGGUCUCAAACUGUGUAAGAGUGGAGCAUGAGGCAUCAUUUUCCUAACAUAGCCACCACAGAGUCUGGUCCUUAACCCUGUUAAGAGCCUUUGGGAUGUGGCAGGCUGGUUAAAAACUGAAAGUGAAGAAUCUCAACAUGCUAUAAUCAAAGGGAAAGUAAAAAUAUUAUGGUGUGUGACCUUUUUUUGUGGCCAGGCAAUGGUCACUGAUUUUCUGUUGUGCGGUCAUUUGUGACCUUCGUGGAAAAUAGAGCUUGACAGCCGUGUGUUAUUGUCUCCCUGUACUUGUGUCCUUUGAAGUGUUAAUACAUGGAAAGCCAGUUGGAGGCACCUGACUUAGCACGGCCAGAAUCAACUCACGCUCCACCUUUAAGAGCCAAAGUGACCUCAAAGAAAAGUCGUUUGAAAACAUCAUGGGACCAUUUUUCUUCCCUGGAUGAUUCACUACAGUUGGAAGUCCUAUUGGGGUCAGUGACUAACGUGAGGAAGGGACGAUAAAAAAUAUACCUUGGUUGGAUUUAGUGGAGCCAUCCCUUCUUGUCCAUUAAAAUUUCCAAAUGUUUCAGUUAUUCUGAAGUUAAACCCUAAGUAAAAUAACAUCUUUCAUUUUAUCAGAUCAUGCCAUGUACAUCCUAAGGCGAUGCAUCUCCACCAGAUUUGAAUGAAGCUUUGCUACUUGUCUCUACAGGAAAAUGACUGGAUGCGCACUGGUUAUCAUUAAAACAUACAGUCCAUACAUAUUAGACCCACCUUGCUGUGGCUGCUCUUCAGACAUUACUCAAUGUGAACCAGGAAGUGACGAGACGGAGGUCUUGUGUCGGACCACCAAC